AUGGAUUUCAUCAAGACCAGUUCCCUGCGUGCUCUGAUUGAGUUAACUUUCCAACGCAACUGGAAUGGCCUCAUUUGGAUGAGUAGAAAAGGAGUUACAACCAAAAGAGUGAAGACUGUCCAGACGGCUCUAUCGAGAAUCAGCGCCCAAACCGCGCAGACCGGCUGGCCGAGAAUCACAUCCGUCCGUCUGAAGUCUCGGCCAAAGUUCAAAACCGUCGGCCGAUCACGCAUCACGACCCGGGAAACAUGUCCCGCGGUCGGCCACGCCACAACCACUCACGCCACAACCGCGCACGACCAUGCCGCGCGAGCCGGGAAACAAAGCCUCGCGGCCGCGCAACCUGUCUCGCGUACCACGGCCGAUGGCGCCGUCCGAGCCGGGAAACUACGUCCCGCGUCCGGCCGAGAAUUCAUCGGCCAAUCUUCAUCCGUCCGACCACAGCGGCCGACCACGAAUCCAUCCGGCCACGACCGUUCCGAUCGUACGAGCGGCCAUGACCCGAUCAUCCGGCCGAUCGUCCCGACCGACCGUCCGAACGCCGCGGUCGACCCGAAGCCCGUUUUGAAGCCCGUUUCACAUAUUUUCAAGGCCCGGCUUAACCCUAAGCCGCCUCUAAAGACCUAG